AUGGCGUCGAUACCCGUCAUCGUUAAGCACCAAGGUAAACGUCAUGAGGUCGAGCUCGACCCGGCCUCGAACGGCGAAACCCUCAAGUACCAGCUCUACUCCCUCACUGGUGUCGAACCCGAAAGACAGAAGAUCCUAGUGAAAGGAGGUCAGCUUAAGAAUGAUACCCCGCUAUCCUCGCUCAAGGCCAAACCGGGCCAGACAUUCAUGAUGAUGGGGACGCCCGGGGAACAAGGUGCCGUGGACUUAGGCCGUCCGAAGGAAGCAAUCAAAUUCCUAGAGGAUAUGACCGCAGCCGAGGCUGCAAAGGCGGAGGGAGCUACCCCUGCUGGUUUGCAGAACCUCGGAAAUACUUGCUAUCUGAACUCUACCCUGCAGACUUUGCGAAGUGUGCCAGAGCUCCAGCAGGAGCUCCAGCGGUAUCGUCCUUCUGCGUCUGGAGGUGGAUCAAGUGUCUCCGAUCUCAGCAGCUUUGGUCUGGGUGGUCUCGGCUCUUCCAUGGACCUCACAGCCUCUCUGCGAGACUUGUUCAAGCAGAUGUCCGAGACUCAAGAAGGGUUCCCCCCGCUGAUGUUCCUCAACUCCCUGAGAAACGCCUUUCCCCAAUUUGCUCAGAAGGAUCGAAAUGGACACGGCUAUGCUCAACAGGAUGCCGAGGAAGCCUACUCACAGAUCGUAACUCAGCUGCGGAACAAGCUGGUCCUGAAGGAGGGCGAAGGGGACUCUUCGACUGAGGUCUCCUUCGUGGACAAGUACAUGGCUGGCAAAUUUGAAUCGAUUACAGAGUGUGACGAACAAGCUGCGAAGGAUGUUGGAGAGCAGCCGAAUGAAAGCUCGGAUGUCUUCUACAAACUUGACUGCCACAUUGGCAAAGAAACGAAUCAUUUGUCCGACGGCAUAAUGGCGGGUCUGGAGGAAAAGAUUGAAAAGCAUUCCCCCACCCUGGACCGUGACGCUAUCUACACCAAGCGCUCUCGCAUUGCACGACUGCCCAAGUAUUUGACCGUCCACUUCGUCCGAUUCUUCUGGAAGCGCGAGACCCAGAAGAAGGCGAAGAUCAUGCGGAAGGUGACAUUCCCUGCGGAGCUGGAUGCUGUUGACUUCUGCACCGAGACGCUUAAGAAAGAGCUCAUCCCCAUCAGGGACAAGGUGCGCGAGAUCCGGAAGGAAGAAGUCGACGUUGAGCGUGCCCGAAAGCGCCAGAAGCUUGCCCACAAGAUGGAGGAAGAGAAGAAGGCUGAGGAAGAAUCGGGUGCCUCUAUAGAGCCCAUGCAGAAGAAGAAGGCAACCGAAGAACGCGUUGAGGCAGGAAAAUCCGAGAAGGAUGGAGACACAACAAUGACUGAUAUCUACAAAACCGAUGCUGACUACGAAGCGGAGAAGAACGCGUCCAGCCUCGCGGCGAAGAAGGAGCUGGCUGAGCUUUUGGGCCCGAAGCCUGCCGUGGAGGCGGGAACCAACAGCUCGGGUCUUUAUGAACUUAGAGGAGUCAUUACGCACCAAGGUGCCAGCGCCGACAGUGGUCACUACACGGCAUACGUGAAGAAGCAGGACAAUGGAGGGGAGAGCGGAAAGUGGUGGUGGUUCAAUGACGAAAAGGUGACCGAGGUGGAGGCCGAGAAGAUUGAAACACUCUCUGGUGGUGGUGAAUCUCAUUCUGCCCUUAUCUGCCUCUAUCGCGCAAUUGAUCUGCCAACUGCCAACUAA